AAACACAAAUUUUUUCGGCACAAUGUUGGUCCAUUAUGUUUAGUGUAAAUUUUAAAUGUUUAGCGUAUUUUGACUUAUGCAGCAACCACUCUUCUACCGCCAUCUCCGGCCCCUCCGCCAUCCUCUCUGCCACCGCCGCUGUGACAACGCUACACCGCCGCCGCCUCUACCGGCUGCACUCCCCCCCUCGACCAGCCCAGCACCAUCUUGCAUCUGUCCGAUUUCUCCUUUGAUCCAAACCCAGAACCAACAACAAUCCCUUUCAUCAGCCGGCCCUUCGUUCGAUUUGACCCCCUAAACCCAGAAUACACAACAAUCUCCUACAUCAGCUGCCUAUUCGCCCGAUUUCUCUCCUAAUCCAAACCUAUAAACCAACAACAAUCAUUCAUCAGUCGCCCUUUUGUCCGAUUUCUCCCUUAAUCCAAACUUAGAACCAACAACAAUCCCCUUCAUCAGGUUCCCAUUCGCCUAGUGCCAAAGUCUCUUCGUCCAAUUUCUCCUCUAAUCCAAAUCGUUACCCAUUUCCCCCUCUUUGCCGGAAAAAUCGUCCAUCCACUCAACCUCGCUCGCCGCCCCUUUGUCCGAUUUGCAAAGCUAAGUGAAAGGAGUUGGGCAUAGAAGAGAGGGUGAGAAAUUAGUUUAAAAAAUUAGGGUUUAGUUAUUUAUAAUCUAUUUAGUUAGGUGAUUAACUAGAUGUUAAUUGUAAAUUAAUUUUUACUUAAAAUAAAAGCAUGUCUUGGUACUUGGAACAACCAAAAAGAAAAUGGUGUCUUAAAUAAUGGGAGAUAAUAUAAAGUUGAUUAUUCAAACCUUUGAUUGAUAUUAUUAAUAAUUUAAUAAUAUUUAUCAUAAUACAUAAUUUAGGACUUUAAGUGAUCUCUUUUUUUUCUAACGCACAAUUUAUCUAUCAACGUCAACUACAGAAGCAAAAAUCGGCGAAUUAGUUAAUUAGGGGCGAAUUUAUUUAACGCUUUUAGUUGAAGGGGCAAGAAUUGCAGAAGUACCUCACAAGCAUUAUUGUUUAGCAGAUGUAACUGGAACACACCGUCACACUCCAUUUCUGCUAAGGAGUUCAAUUUGUGACUCUGAAUCAGUUAAAAUGGGCUACGUACAAGAAGCCAGAGAAAAUCACGUCAAGAAGAAGGUCGAAGAAGCUUUGCGCAGUAAGAUGAAACAGAAAGCACUGAAAGAAUGCGAUCAAUACGUGUCCAAAUAUGCUGAAUGUGCUGUAGGCAGAACAUUGUCCGUUGUUUGGAAAUGUCGCGGUGAAGCUAAGGAAUUGAAUACAUGCCUCCAUCAGUACACAAAUGAUUCUGUCUUGGAAAAAAUGAAGAAAGAAUACAUGCUUCAACAGGAAGGAAAGGGGUCUUUAAGCCUUUGAUUCAUUUUCCUACUGAUGAUUGGAGUAUGUUAGCUUCUGCAAGAAGAAAAGUGUGCAGCGUCGCUCUGGGGCCUACGCCUCGUUGCAUCCUGCAUACGGCAUCAUUGGUGUCCCUGCAACCUGAGAGUUUAUUCCAUGCAUUUGUUCGUUAAUUGCCGCAAUAUUUUCCUGUACCUGCAUUGUCUUUACAUUUCGUCGGAGGUGAUGAAUUGCCAAAUAUUAUAGGAUAAAUAUACUGUUCCUUUCUCUUCGUGUUUGGUGCACUUGAAUUAUUCCCCUCGAGUCCUCGACGGUUUAACACGGGAAAUUAUGUGGUUAGUGUGUGUAGCAUACUUUUGUUUUUUGAAUAAAAAGGUGAUGCAUCGAAAUAAA